CAACGAAGAACGAAGUGCACGCCUGGUAAAACAAAUUCGCGACACAGCCUCGCCUUUCCCCUCCCAGACUUCAUCCCUCCCAGCCAUCCCAGUGUCUUCCAAGAGUCUGACUGCAUUCGGUUUCCUUCCAAUGCACGGUCAUCCGCAAACGGCCCGCCGACGGUCGUUUUCGCGCUCUCUCGCCGGACAGUCGUCGGCCAGCAGUACGUAACGUAGAGGUGUUUCGGACUCUCUUCCUCUCCCACGAAUGCCGGAGCCCUCUCCAGUCCCGUCCUCUCGUUUCUCUCACUCGCUCGUCUUGUCACGUCUAGCCCCGCUUUCUUUCCCAAUAGCACAUUUUUUACCAAUGCAUGAACCCCUUCCGCAUGCGACGUAGACGACUUUUGAGGUGCCUCAAAAAUCCCUUCCGCAUGCGAAGUAGACGACUUUUGAGGCGCCUCAAAAAUCCCUUCCGCAUGCGAAGUAGUACAUCGUAGGCGUGUUCUACAUGAGAGGCGCUACUAGCCUGAUUCCGUGGACCACACUGCAGCAGUCGCCGUCCGGAUCAUAUCGAGCCUACUUUCGAGCCGCCUGAAAAGCAGUCGUCCAUCCGCCUUCGCUAUGCGGCAGUACUUUGGAAACCCUGUUGCAGUCACUACUAGCUAGCUUUUGAGUCUUCACUAGGCUCCUCGUGGCUAAGCAGGCUACGGAAAACGUGAUUAAUAACCUCUCUAUUUUGCGACGCGACGUUAUGGCCUCCCAAAUCCUCGCGAGUCAUCAUCAUCGUCACCUCGACAGCGGGAGUUAUUUCGAGAACGAUUCAACGGCUGCGGCGCGGGGAAGCACCAUGAUGGCCGAGGGGCCCGACUGUAGCAGUAGCGUGGCAGAGUCCGACUCUGCUUCUGCUAGUACUAGCAAUUAUCCCAAUCCCAAUCCCAAACCGAAUGCGAAUCCGAAUCGACACCAUCGUCGUGGUCCCGUUAGGCCGGCCCUGGCGAACCGGCGGUCCCGAAUCGACUUCCCGAGCGCCGCGACCACCCGCUGCCACGUCAGCAUGCUUCUCGACCAAUUGGAAGAGCGAUGCCGCCUCGCCGCUCAAUCGCCGCGGUUUUACCAAGGUUCGGGUUGCAGCCGCGGCGCGCCGAACCAACAGAUCGACCGGUACUGCCCGCCAGGCUGGCGGGAACCGUGGCUCGUCAGCAGCAGCUUCGGGCCGAGGCUGGAGGGUCGGUUCGAGGUUGGGAGGGAGCUUGGGCGCGGGCAUUUCGGCGUGGUGCGGGAGUGCUGGGAGAGGAGGAGCGGCGAGACGUUUGCCUGCAAGACGAUCAGCAAAGUGUUGCUCCAGGGCCCGAGGGAACUUGAGGAGCUCCGAGCCGAGGCGCUGACGCCGCUGCUGCUGCAGCAGUCGGCGGAAGAGGAGGAAGCGGCGGAAGAAGAGGAGGUGGCGGGAGAAGUGGCUGGAGCUGCAGAAGACGAAGAGGCGGCAAGUGAAAAAGAAGAUGGCGAGGGCAGUGUCACUUCAGCCCAGGAGGAGGGGCAGGAUGGGCAGAACCCAGAGCCUCACAGCAAGCAGCAUGCCCCCUGGGAGAGGCUGGUGCGUCUACAUUCAGUGUACGAGGACAGCUGGGGCGUGCACCUGGUCAUGGACCACUGCAGCGGAGGAGACCUGUUUGACCUCGUUGACCGGCAUGCUGACUCAGCAGGCAUGCCGGAACAGCUGGCAGCCGCUGUUGUGGGCCAACUGGCUGCCACGCUGGCGUGGAUGCACGCCGUGGGGGUGGUGCACCGGGACUUAAAGCCUGAAAACAUUCUCCUCGCCCGGCCUUUCCCAGGGGAUGCUCAUGGGCAUUCCACCUUCAGCACCUUUUCAGAACUCCACCUUCGGAUCGCCGAUUUCGGGCUAGCGAGGCGACUGGCCCCUGGCGAGCACCUGACAGGGCUAGUUGGCAGCCCUUUCUACCUGGCUCCUGAGGUCGUGAAAGGUCAUCUGUACAACCACCAGGUGGACGUGUGGAGCCUUGGGAUCAUCCUCUACACGUGCCUUUCCGGGAAGCUUCCAUUCCACGGCCCGAACCACAACGCCGUGUUUGCUGCGGCGUGCCAGGCGGCGCCGGACCUGAGCUCGCCGGAGCUGUGGGGCGGAGUUUCUACCGAGGCUAAGGAUCUGGUUCGGCGGAUGCUGGAGAAGGAGCCGGGGAGGAGGAUAAGAUCUUGCGAGAUACUUUCGCAUCCGUGGUUUGAGACGGUGGAGAGAGUGGGAAGAGUAGGGAGAGGGGAGCGAGAAGAGCAUAAGACUGAACUAAGGGCAGAAUCACGACGCUUUGGGACGAACGGUAUCACGGGCAGUGCUGGUAUCAACACCAGCAGCAGCAGCAGCAGCAGCGGUGGUACAGCUGCUAUGGAACCGGCACCAGCAGCAGCAGCAUGCAGCGCAUACCAUCCGGCAGCUCCCAGCAGCGAGCUUCCCCUGAUCAGUACUGAGAAGCAGAUGGGCUCGUUUCUGCCGUGGACUGGAGUGGAUUGCAGCAGCACUGGAGGAAGUGUUGCUGCUGGGAGCGUGAGUGCAGCGAAUGUGGCUGUGAAGAAUUCACCUAUCGGGGGCAUGAGCAGUCCGAGUAUUCUGCACUCGCAACCGUGGCAGGCAAACCAAUGUUGUCAGCCACCUCCAUCAAGUCAACCGAAACAAUCAACUACACCACAUCAAGGCAGUCAACCCAGUCAACCCAGUCAACCCAGUCAGUCCUGUCAGCCAGAUCAACGGGACCAGUCUUGCUGUGCGGAGGACACAGAUGAUCCCAACCACACCACCGCCAUGCCCACCCUCCAAGCACCCACCAACACUGCAGUUCAUCCCAACCUCUCCACCCCCUCUCCUCCCCCCCCCAUAUCUCCACCUCCUCCACCGACUCUCAAGACCCCACCAACCCCACCCCCCUCCGUCCUACACUAUCUCGUGCCCUGUCUGCCCGUCCGCGAAAACCAGCCACCCAAUCACCACGACCCGCCAGCGCUACCCCUCCUGCCCUCCCCCCCUCGCUGCUGACUCAGCUCCGGGCUGACAGGGUGGCGGAUCUGAUGAGGCUGUUUCAAGCCUGCCAGGCUGGCAGUUCUGGAGAGGAUUCGAGGUGUCAAGGCAGCCCAGCAGUUAGCUCAGUGCGGCUUGAACCAAUCAAAACAUAGAUUGUAGAUCUUCUUGUCUAGUACCCUUAAAUAUUGAGCUGGUUUUUGUAGUCUAGGCUAUAUAAGACGAGUGCUGUAAACAACAUGCACCUGUAAAUUGAUGAGUAGAAUAU